UUCAGAUUUAUGACGCAGAGGGAACGUUGCAGCACUUUAUAGAUGGAAAUGAUCCCAGUAAGUCCAGCUGGAUGAGAUAUAUCCGCUGCGCCAGGCACUGUGGAGAGCAGAACAUGAUGGUUGUACAGUACAGGUCCUGCAUCUUCUACAGAGCCUGCAUGGACAUCCCAAGAGGAACGGAGCUGCUGGUUUGGUACAACGACUCCUACACCUCCUUCUUCGGCAUCCCGCUGCAGUGCAUCGCUCAGGACGAAAACU